CUCCCAUCUCACGAAAUCUCCCCCAGUAGCCGUUGACGGCUCUUUAGGUGACGGAUUGAGUCCAGAUUCAACAAUUUUCUUUUCCCGUUUUCAUUUAUUUUCUAAGGGGAAAAAACGGAAAACUAAAGAGGUUAGAAAGCUACACCGUAGCAGCGGAGCUAAGCUGAUUCUGCGAUACAACCUCGAGACAAGUCGGGACAAGACCAGUCUCAGGGCUCACCAUACUCAAUGAGCGGACAGCGCAAUGUCAGAGCGCUCUGGGCAAACAGCAAAGGGGAAGGAAGGCAAAACCAAGUAUGCGUCUCUCAACUUGUUUGAUACAUACAAAGGAAAGAGCCUUGAAACACAAAAGCCUGUUGUUCCCCCCCGCCAUGGCCUGCAGUCUCUUGGUAAAGUUGCCUCCGCGCGGCGUAUGCCACCACCUGCCAACCUGCCCAGUCUGAAGGCGGAGAACAAAGGCAACGACCCCAACGUCUCGCUCGUUCCCAAAGACGGCACAGGAUGGGCAAGCAAACAGGAACCAGCAGACCCAAAGAGUACCGAUGCAUUGUCAGCACCGCAGCCGGAAUCGCAGCAGCCUGUGGCUUCACAGAUACCUGCACCGACCCGCCCGAGAACCCCACCAGUUUCAGAGGCUCUGGCCCCACCUUCAACACAGGCCGUAGGGGCAAGGUCCUGGGCACAGGCCAGCGUUACACAUGGAACACAAGGGGAUGGUGGAAAGGGAUCAAACCUACCGUCGCCAUUCUCUCGCGAGGAAUUUCCCACCCUGCAGUCGGCUGGCGACCCGGACAAAGCUGGCAAAGAACAGGCCACUGCAGAUCAGUGGUAUGGGCCCGGACCAAGCCUCCGCCCCCAGAACGUUACAAGUUGGCGGGACGGUGGGGGCCGAGCCUUGGCGCCCACCCUGCCUGGGGAGGGGGCGGCAGAGGGGGGCACAGGUGGGGCUCUGGUAAUGGAUGGGGUAGUUAGUGUCCCCCCUGCAAAUUCCCAGAUGCAAGGGCCACCUAGGAAUCCCCCUGCAGGCAGCCCCGCCUUGCCCCUGCCCCAGCCCGCCGUGGGGCCGGGGUUUGCCCAAUAUAGAGGGAUCAUGCCACCCUUUAUGUAUCCCCCCUAUCUCCCGUUCCCGGGCCCCUAUGGGCCUCAGGGGCCCUACAGGUACCCGCCACCUGGGGAAGGGCCACCUCCGAGGUUCUCUCGUGUACAGGGCGGUCCUGACAACAGGCCACAUGGUGGCCCUCGUGAUUCAGGGGAAGUAGUUAAACGUCCCUCCAUCCUAAAGCAGGAUGACCUGAAGGAGCUGGAUGAGCUGGAUCAUGAUGGAGAUGAUGGAUGGGCAGGGCCUCAUGAGGAGAUUGAUUACUCCGCCAAGUUGAAAUUCAGUGAUGAUGAAGCAGAUGAAGAGGGAGAUGAGGACAAAAAGGAGAGCAAGAAUGACUCACGUGAGCAGCAGAGGUCCCAGGAUGCUGCAAACUCUCACUCUCGAGCCUCAGAUGUCGGCGGAGAAAGUCGUCACACACCUCCCUCGAAUGCUGAUGGCGUCCCCCAGCCCUCCUCCAGCAAGCCAGGAUGUGCCGAGGAGGGAAGCAGUGGCUGGGGAAACCAAGGAGCCCCAUCCAGCUAUCAGGUAGACCGACAACAUGGUCAAGGGACAGCUCUUGGUCCGGGAAAACCUGCUGCUGCCCAGCUUCAGCCAGGAACAGGAGGACCUGCCAUUUCCGGCCAGCCUAGCUUGCUGGUCCACGGAACCCAGGGGGAAGAUGAGGAUGAAACUUGGCGUCAGCGCAGAAAACAGUCCUCCUCUGAAAUUUCUGCAGCUGUGGAGCGAGCCCGUCGCCGUCGUGAGGAGGAAGAACGUAGAAUGGAGGAAGAGAGGCGUGCAGCCUGUGCAGAGAAGCUGAAGAGGCUAGAUGAAAAACAUCAGCAGCAAGGCAGCAGCUCAGGAGCUGGCGGCAGCAGUAAGACCCCCAGCCUGGAUGGGAGCUCUGCAGCUGCUACAGCUGCAAGCCCCAGUCCAUCUGUUUCAGCAUCUUCCCCCAAUAUCAGCCAGCCAGUGUCCCCUUGUGUGGAUAUUGAAGAGCCUCCAGUACUAACAGCCCAGCCAGGGACAGCUUCUGGAUCGAGUGACCGCCGGAGAGCCAGCAGCAACAGUAGCCAUGACUCCACUGCUGAUGUCCAGCAGUGUCCCCAGCCUGCUGUGGCCCAGUCACAGCAGCCCUUACUGGAUUUACCUCCAUCAGCGGAGAGCAAGGAAGAGGCCGUAGCUAGUCCUCACGUCCGUGCAGGAGGUGGGGGGGAAAGGAGUGUCGAGGCAGUAAAGGUGGAGAACUCUAUAGGGGGUACGGGCCGUCAAGCCAGUGGUCCUCCUGGCCAGGGUUACCCAAAGUACCAGAAAUCUCUACCGCCUCGCUUUCAGAGGCAGCAGCAGGAGCAGCUUCUGAAGCAGCAACAGUGGCAACAACAGCAACACAGCCAGGCCUCACAAAGCCAGCUGUCGCCUCAGCCUCAAGGUCCUUCACCAGGUUCCACCCCUCAACCGGGCCCUGGGCCUAAGCAAGGAGCACCGCUGUAUCAGCCGGGCAGCAUGGUCCGACCUCCUCCGCUGCCAAUAAAUUUUGAUCCGCGCUGGAUGAUGAUGCCGUACAUGGACCCUCGCAUGAUGCAAGGUCGCCCUCCUCCAAUGGAAUACUAUUCAGCUGGCAUGCACCCCUCAGGAAUUAUGGGUCGUGAACGAUCUGAUUCAGGCGGUUCUGGUUCAGAACCUUUUGAUAGACAGCAGCAACAUCCAGGCCACCCUCACCGUGGGACGCCCCCUAUGGAUCCUAAACUGGCCUGGGGGCCAGAAGUGUUCCCUGGGGGAGCUGAGAACCGUGGGCUUACCUCUCCAUUGAGACAGAAACAGGCCCUGGAGGAGGAGGAUGUGGUGAAAGGACCUAGAAGUGACACUCCUCCACACCGUCAGAGAGAGAGUGGUUUGGGACCAGUCCAGCAACCCGGCUCAUCAACUGGGACCUCCAGUCAAACUCCUCCUCCUCCUGUUGGUGUGCAAGUUGGCAGCCAGGGAGGCACACAUCCUCAUCAUUACAUUGGAGGGAGGGGAAACUACAGCAACUUCCCUGACCAGGGUGCAAGGAUUCCCCCCCACCCGCAGCAGAGGCCUGGUGAACGGGGUAACCACCCCCACAGCUUCACCCAUCCAGAUGAUGGGUCUUCUCGAGGACCUCAGCAGGUGCAGAUAUGGGGAGCUCCCCAUUCUCAUUAUGAUCGUAAUGGCCGUGCAGACAUCCCCACUGUUGAGGGCAACUCCCAUCUUCCCCACCAUCACAGCCACCACCAUCAGGCGCCUCAGUUCCCCCUUAACCCCCACAAACCAGAUAACAGUCGUGACAGGCACAGUGAGGCUCAUGGGAAGAAGACAGACUCUUCCCCACCUCUCCAGCAACCAUCUCUGUCAUCAACAUGCUCCUCUUCCUCCUCUGCCAGGGAGGAUGGGAAAGUGGCCCAACAUCACCCCCCACCUCUGAGGGAGGGUGAAGCUGCUGUUAAUCCUGGUGAGAGAGGCAGCAGUGGCAACCCGAGCAACAGCCACAUGAAACCAGAGAAGUCGGGCCCCACGUUUCUGUCCCAUUCUAACCAAAAUCCUGUCCAACAUGGUGGUCAGAAUCAGACUCAGCAGCAUUCUCAACCUAAAUCGAACCAAAGAGGAGGGCGUGAGCAUAAAACUGAGACACAGUGGGGACCACGGCCUGGAAGCAACACUGUUGGUGGGGGUUCAUCCCACGGCAGGAGGGGUAACAAUGCAGGAGUAGGUAGCAACACUCGUGGAGGAGAGGAUUGCUCCAACGCUCCAUCAGACCACAAACCCUCAAACCAAACGGGAGGCAGUAACCCCCACAAGAGGGCUGGUCCAAUCAAGAAGCCCCUUGUGAAGGAAAUGAGGAGAGAAGGAGGGGAUGUUGAUGGAGGAGAAAAACAAGGAAAAGACAAAGAGCAAGAUGGUGGUCAACCCACCUCCACAAAGCAGGAUACAUCUAUAUCUCACAACACCUCUAAUGCAACAAAAGAAGAGCAGAACCAUACACCCAAAGCCAGGAGCGGAGGAAAAGAGAGGCCCUCAGGAGGUGGAGGGCCUGGGAGAGGCUCCAAAGAUGUAGACUCAUCAUCUUCUGGGUUUUCCUCCAGGAGGGACAGAGAACGAUCCUUUGAAACAAGUGUUGGUUCACACCACCCCGGAGUACCCGCUAAGGGGGGCAGACCUAGUCGGGGACGAGGAGGAGAGUUCUAUCGUGGUGGCCGUGGUUACAGGGGAACCUUCACCGCCAGUGCUGGACCUACAGGUGGAGGUCGAGGUAGAAUGGGUGGUAGGAGUGGCCGCGACUUCCGUUCAUCUGGUGCUGGAGGCCCGCACCAAGAAGCAAAGGGUGAGGGAUCUGGAGCACGUCACGGUCCGGAUCGGUCUCAGCAUAACCCUGCCAGAGCAAGAAACCGCAGUGAAACACGCAGCGAGGGCUCAGAGUAUGAAGAAAUCCCUAAGAGACGGAGGGAACGGGGCUCUGAAACUGGCAGUGAGACUGGAGGCAGUGACCUUGGUCACUCGGAUAAAGAAGAGCACCACAAAUCCAACUCCAAGAACUGUUCAGAGAAUGUCAGUGCCACGGGAAACAUCCCUUCGGCGCAACCUAAGGUUUCUCAGGCCCGAGUUUUUACUCCCAGAGGAGUGCCCUCUAGGAGGGGCAGGGGUGGAGGAGGUGGAGGUGGAAAUGUGUACAGGGGCAGUGGCAGCAUUGGAGGACAAGCUGGGGGACACCGGGUCGGACACGGCUCAGGUUCUUAUGCUGGGUAUUCAAAGUCCACAGCUUCAGGUCGCAAACAGCAAGGUCCACCUCCAUCCUCUGGACCCAAAGAUCAGGGUCGAGGAGGGACUGCAGGAGAAAAGAAGGACAAGGUAGCAGAUGUUGGGCAGAAUCAGGGGGCCAACCCCCCUCAACCACCUUUGCCUACCACUACUCCUCCUACUGUGGGAUCCACUGAGAAUGGAGGAGUGACCACCCAGCAAGCUUCAACCAGUCCUGCCCCGAACUCUGGAGGCCCGAAUGGCCCCCCUCUUCCUACUAACCGGGGCCACCCUCCAGGUGGGUUUGAGAGGCCCCCUAGACGCCGCCGUCAUAAUCGUUCUCAACACCAGCAAGACAAGCCACCCCGCUUUCGCAGACUGAAGGAGCGAGAGAAUGCCGCACGCAUCAACGGAGGAGUUGGGGUCAUUGGUGGAGGGAGACCAUCGUCUCCUUCCCUGAAUUCAGUCCAGGACAGUAACGGGGCUCCAGUUCCUGCCGCUAUCACGGGAAAUGGCCAGAACGCCAACCACAGCUCCACACUAACAACCAACAACAACAGCAGCAGCGUUGGUGGACAACUUAAUAAUGCAAACAGCCACCACCAUCACCACUACAACCAGAGCAACGCUGGUCCAACCCACCCCCAGCACCACCACAACCAUGGAGCCAAAUCUCCUGACUUCACCAAUCAGAACUCAGACCAGGCCAAUGAGGAGUGGGAAACUGCUUCAGAGAGCAGCGACUUCACAGAGUUCAGAGACAGGGAGGCAGGAGGCGGGAAGUCUUAUCCCUCUCACCAUCACCAUCACCCAGGAAGAGGAGGAGGAGGAGGCGGCGGGGGAGGUGGUGUGGUUGAUCGAGAUGUGACCGGCAAAGAGCCACUGGCGAAUAAACGAAGCUUCUCGAGCCAGCGUCCUGGGAUGGAGCGACAGAACAGGAGAGUCAAUACAGGAGGAGGUGGAGGAAGAGGUCCUCGUGGUCCCCCAGGCGGAGGCUCCGGUGCUCCCGCUAACGGCGGGGGGAAUCGUGGAGAGAAACGUGGCAACUGGCCAUCACCGAAAAACAGGAAGUGAUGGAGUAUUAAAAUGUUUUAUUAGUUGACCCCUCGCACAUUUCCAUCUUAAUCCCUUCUGGUUGUUAUUUCGUAGCUUAUUUGUCCACACCCCCUAACACAUUAGUGGAUUGUGACGUAUAUGGAGAUGGUAUUCAUAUUAACUUCAGCUGAAACCUACGUUCCUUUUACAUUCUCCUUCGUACCAUCCGUUAUUGUGAAGUUACCUUUUUUUUGUCUUGCUCUCCUUUUGUUCGGCUCCCUAUUUUUUUAUUUUUUUUUCUGAAUUUUUCACCCUUCUAUAAACGUGCCGUGGUUGGAUCUGAGAAGUGUUGAUGUAUUUCUAAGAUUCCCACAUCCUCCACACCUACUUGGCUAGACGAGCACUAACACGGCAUCUUGAAGAACACAUUAUUGAACAGAAUUUUAGCUUGGAUUGGGUUAAUUUUUAGUUUCAUAAGUACAUUUCCACCUCACUUUGGCCUUGGGUGGGACUCAGGUUGUACAGGUCAGCAUUAGUUCCCUCAUAGAGGAAAAAAAAUCAUUUUUGAUAACUUCAUAUCAUAAAUGGUUUGGUUUUUUUUGCUGUCUUAUUUUUCAGCUAAAAUUCAGCCUUCCACAUACACAGCUCUGUAAAGGUAAAGAUACUUACCUUCUCAUUCCCCCUAGGUUUGUCUGGUUCCUCCUCAGUGCUCGCCUCCUCAUGCUUUGAUUUUUCUUUAAUGGUUUUGUCGCUUCAGAUAGAUGGUGUGAAUUUUAUUUUUGCUCUAAAUUGUAAAUCUGCUCUGACAUUUCAAUAAUUGUUUGUUGCCCCUUUUCUUUGUGGGAUUUCUGUUCAUGGCCUCAUCGUAGCAAAAUCCUUACCUGCAGAAAUUUUACAAACUGCAAAAAUCCCCAAUAAAUAUAGUUUAAUAAAGUUUGUUUACUGUAUUGAUAGCAUGAUGGCUCUAUUUUAACAACCAUUAUUUCCUCAAUGAUCAGCAUUUUUUGAUUUUUUUUUUUUUCAUCUCCCCAAAAUGUAAGUGUUGACCCUGACAGGAGUGGAAGAAAAAACGUCUUUAAUUGCUGGUCAUGAUGUUAAAAGCAAAUGUUUAUUCUUUAGUAGAUAAUUGUAUAUGUUCUAAUAAGCACUCCUUGUAGUAUAAAACUUUUUUUGUUCCAUUUCAUUUUGUUUUCUUUUUGUGGUAACAUGUUUUGGGGAUGUUACUGGACGGUUUUUGCUGUCCGGGCCCACAGAACGGAGCCAGUGUUGUACUUUUUUAAAGCAGCCCCCCCUCCCUCCCUUAGCUGUCAUGGGUGGUCCCAUGCACAGAUUAAUCACACCUAGAAGGACUGGAUCUGAGAGAAGUCAUUUCUCAGAAAGCGCGCAUAAAGAUGGGAUGGGCCGUUAACGGAAGACGGUGGCGAUUCAGGACAAUCCCGAACAUGUGCGGUUCACACGGUCCGUGUGAUUUUUACUUGCAACAAAAUAAAUGAAAAGGUAACUCAGAGUGACGUAGGAUUACACUCAAAAAGUUGUUUUUAUCACAUGUAGGAGAUGUAAAGCAGCUUAUAACAGCAUCCAAAGUGAACUAAAAUGAUUUCCUGAUUUGCAUCCUUUCUGUCACUGCUGUAAGUUGGGGCUCUUGUUUGUUUACUGAUAAUAGUUUGAAGAUUGUCUUUGGGAUGUUGUGAGUAGGGCAUUUGGUGAAUAUUGUGUGUGUGUGUGUGCGUGCGCGCAUGUGUGUGCGUGGAUGUUUUUCUGGUGUUAUUAACUCGGGGAACCGGAGGGGUUAACACAAACGGCAAGCACUUUCUGCGUUGUUUGCCCCCCCCCGCCCUCACUUGUGAUUUAACAGAUUUAAAUCUUCUUAAAUACAUCCACAUGUAUACAUUCAGCCGUGUGUAUAUGUUCAGCAUCCAAAUGAAGACUCUUGCAUUGGGAAAAUUUCACUAUUUUUCUUUUUUUUUAUGUAAUUUAAAGCAUCUUUUCUCCAGUAGGCGAGUGAAGUUGGACUUUUUUUUUUAUUUUCACUCUGAACUCCUUAGCAUGAAAACACAGCUGGGUGCUGCUUGCAUUGCCUGUUACUGGUUUCUACAUUGAUAGCUGUACAUUUAACACUGGCUCGAAGAGUCUCCCAUCCCUCCUUAACGUUGACGUGCACAUUAUUGUAUGUACCCAUGUUAAAAAGAUAAAACGGGAAUGGUGUGUUCCAACGAAAAUCAAAGAUUGUAUUAUGUUUCCAGCAUUACAGAGGUACACAGAGUGGUUCAAGCUGUUUUUAGCAUUUAUGGUUUUUAGUAAAAAAAAAAGCAACUUAAAAAGGAGCAGUAAUAUACACACUUGUAUGUAUAUUGGUAUGUAUCUAAGUUCUGUCUACCCCAACUUACAUUCCCACAAACAAAUGUUGCAAUUUUUAGUUCAAGGGAGCAAUGUACAAGCAGAGAAGUGUCUUAUUAUAAUAAAGUUAUACAGAGAAGGCAAAAGUUAAAUAAACUACUUUUGAUUUAAUGGAAAAUAAU